GGGGGGGGGCUGGCGGGCGCGUGGAGAAUAGGAGGCGGAGGACGGCCGAAAGCGGCGAUGACGGACGGAAGAAAGAAGGAGGGAAAGGAGAAGUGCGCCGGCUGACUGCAGGAUUCCAUCAGUCUUAGUAAGCGGCCGCUUUGGCGUUGCCACGGUAACGCCAGCUAACGUGCUGCGCCGCCACCGCCCUCUCUCUCCCUCCCUCCCUCUCUCUCUCUUUCGCUUCCUGCCUGCGUUGCCACAGCGACAGUCCUGGACGAGGAAUCCGAUGCUCCGGAGUGUCCAGAAGUUCGCAGCUCCCGAUUUCCCUCCACCUUUCUCUGCACCCGUCGACUCCUCGUCAUCGUCGCGGAGAUCUGUCCAUCCCCGAACAGGAAGACCAGGAACUUUGGACCUUGCGUCCUGGCCUCCUCCACGCCCACAUGAACACCCACGGCCAAGAGGAGGCCCCGAUAGCCCUGGCGGAGGAGGCGGCGGCGCAACCGGCACAGGCGAUGGAAAUUGAAGAGGAGGAGGCGCGACCGGAACAGGCACAGCAGGCUGGGGAAGACGAAGAGGAGCGUCAACCCGGGGAGGUGCACCAUCAGGAAGCGCAACACGUGAUGCGGACGCCGGAGCCGCGGGAGCGGGAAGAGGAGACGGAGCAGGUGGGUGCACCUGAGGAGGCGCGGCUAGAGGACCAACGGGAGAACGGCGCGCCGGAGGACGACCAAGAGGCUCUGCGGCAACGGCGAGAGCAAGCCGUGGAGGAGAUGGCGCUGGAGGAGGCUCCACAGCCGCAAGAGGAGGGGCUGCGGCUGGCUGACGGCGUGGAGGCUCACGCCGAGGAGGUGCGGCGGGAGCGGGAGAACGCCGCGCACCAACAAACGGGCGAUUGCUCGCGGGAAGAGGAGCGACACGUGGGGGAGCUGCCGCGGGACCAGGAGCAGGAGGACUUUGCCGACUCUCUGGAGCAAAACCACAGCAGUCAAGUUCUCAAUCGCCUCAGAGGAAUGCAGAAAUACAAAAACACGUCACAGAGGCUGAAAGCGGCGAUGGCGGCGCUGGACGGCGGCGGCGCGCCGGACCUUGCCGAGCUGCGCGGGAACCUGCGGAUGGCCGCCGCCCUGCUGGACGCCGUCUACGCCGACGAGACCAAACGUCUGCUGGACCCCGAGGACGAUCUGAGCGAGCUGCCGGCCGAGUCGGUUCCCAGGGAGGUCCGCGACUGGCUGGCGUGCACCUUCAGCCGCAAGAUGGGCGUGGCCAAGCGCCGGCCCGAGGAGAAGCCCCGCUUCAGGAGCAUCGUCCACGCCGUGCAGGCCGGCAUCUUUGUCGAGAGGAUGUACCGCCGGACGUCCAACAUGGCCGGCCUGACGUACCCGCCCACGGCUCUCGCAGCUCUCAAGAAGGUGGACCAGUGGUCCUUUGACGUGUUUGCGCUGCAUGAGGGCACGGGCGAGCACGCUCUCAAGUUUCUGGUCUACGAGCUCCUGACGCGCUAUGACCUCAUCAACAGGUUCAGGAUCCCGCUGCCGGCGCUGGUGCAGUUUGUGGAGGCUCUGGAGAACGGCUACAGCAAGCACAAGAACCCCUACCACAACCUGGUCCACGCCGCCGACGUCACGCAGACGGCGCACUUCCUCAUGCUGCACACCGGAACCAUGCACUGGCUGAGCGAGCUGGAAAUCCUGGCCAUGGUUUUCGCCGCGGCCGUUCACGACUUUGAGCACACGGGAACCACCAACAAUUUCCACAUCCACGCCAGGUCGGAGGUGGCCAUCCUGUACAACGAUCGCUCGGUCCUGGAGAACCACCACGUGAGCGCCGCCUACAGGCUGAUGGCGGAGGACGACACCAACAUCCUGGUCAACCUCAACAAGGACGACUGGAGGGAGCUUCGGGCCCUGGUGAUCGAGAUGGUGAUGGCCACGGACAUGUCGUGUCACUUCCAGCAGAUCAAGAGCAUGAGGAACACCCUGGCGCAGUCGCACAGUGUGGACAAGGUGAAGGUUCUGUCUCUGAUGCUGCACGCCGCUGACAUUAGCCACCCCGCCAAAAGGUGGCCGCUGCACUACCGCUGGACGCAUAGUCUCAUGGAGGAGUUCUUCCGACAGGGAGACAAAGAAGUGGAGCUGGGCCUUCCUUUUUCUCCUCUUUGUGACCGGCAGGCCACCAUGAUCGCGCAGUCGCAGAUCGGUUUCAUCGACUUCAUCGUGGAGCCGACGUUCAGCGUCCUGGUGGACACGGCGGAGAAGGUGAUGGGCCCCCUCAUCGACGAGGAGAGGAAGGCCCGGGAGACGGGAAACCGGCGCUUCAGCCUGACGGGAAGCGGCUCGGUCACCGUGGAGUCGGUCCAGAGACGCGGCGGCGGCGGCGCUCGCCUCGGCGACGGUGAUGACGGACAGACGGACUUCUCCUUGACCGCCAUUGACCUGGCCGCUCUCAGGAAGCACCUGAGCGACGUCAUCAACGGCAACAAGGACAGAUGGAAGGAACUCUCCGUGCGUGAAUUGGCCAAUAAGAAGCAAGACGACGAGGACCGGGUGGAGUCCAAGAGCCGACACUGCACGACCGACCCAUCCCAGGGCUCGGCUGGCUGCCCGCCCGAUGAAAGCCACGACUCGCCCGAGGACCACUCCAGAUGGAACGGGGCGGCGCCGGGAGAGGAGGACCAGGAAGUGCCUGAAAACGCCUAACGGGACAUCCGACGUGAACUCUGACGAUAAACCUGUCGCCACGGUGGCAGAUUGUAAGGCGUCCCUCAGGGGUCUUGGCAAAGGCCUUUGGAACUUUUCUUUACAACUGACUUUGAAGGCAUCACGCCACCGCAACUUCAUGUGCAAACACGCCAAACAAUGCGUUGGACCGGAAGUGAGUCGUGGAACACGUCCAACAUUCACCAAGCGUUUCAAUUGGCGCCCAUCAAGCUAGCUAUCUAGAUAGCUUGGCAUGAGUGUGACAGAGGCGUGUGUGUGUGUGUUGUUUGGAUCUUUGUCAAUCACCGCAUCGCCAAGGCAACCCUCUCAAAACACUUUGCCGAUGAAGGGAGCAGUGUAUGUGCGUGUGCGCGCGUGUGGCAUUAUUGUUAGCUUUUUGGGUGUGGUUGUGGCCCAGAAGGUCUAAUAAACAUUUGCAACGGA